AUGAUUGCCACACCGCCGCUCUCUCCGCGCGCCCGGGCGCCAGCCGCAGCUGCCCUCCUCCUCCUCUCGCUCGCCCUCCUCUCCGUGUCAUUUCGCGCGUGGCCGCCUCUGCUGCAAGGAGGAGACGGCCGGGCAAACAGCACCCGCGCCCGCCUCUUCGACGCCGGAUUCCUGUUCGCCAAGACGGAUGUCAAAACGAACGUCAAGACUACCGUCGGAGUCGGCGACAAGCCCGCCCAGCUCGCACUGGAGUAUGCAAAGUCUGUCAGCGGAAAGGCGCACGGAAAGGGGCAGGGCAGGAGGCGGCCGGCCUGGCGGCGGCAGAAGGGCUACUCAUACGGCGCGGCAGCUGCGUCCUAUUAUUCUGCGGGCUCUUACGGCGCCGGCUACUACGAUGGAGGCUCCCGGCUCGGAGUCCGCGCAGUGCCGCCUCCUGAGAAGGAGCGAGGCCUCGCGGCGACCUCCAGCGCGGCGACCUCCAGCGCAGCGCGGCGACCUCUAGCCGACUCUGCUUUGGCCUCCGCCGACGCUGCGGCCGCGACCGACGCGUCCGGCGCCGCUGCUCGCGACUUUGACGGCUUCUUCACGCUGAUGGAGGUCAAGGUCGAGACGAACGUGCCAGUCACCGUCGGCGUGGGCGACAAGGCGGCCGCCGCUGCCAUCGCCUCUGCCUCCAAGGAGAGCGGAGGGCCGCCCGUCAGCGUGAGCGUGGCGCCCAAGAUCGCCUUCACCGGCUCCUCGAAGACCUGCUCGUGCAACGCCUGCGACGGGACGCCCUGCUCGCCCGGCGCUGGCAACAGCGCGCACCGCUGCAGCCGGUGCGGCCCGUCCACCCCGGCGUGCUACGGCGAUUCCUCCUCGCCGGCGGGCCGCGGCGCUUGCUUCUUUGUCGGAGAGCCCAAUCUGGAGGGCGGCCUCUGCGACUGCCCCUAG